CAUAUCUGAAUUUAUAUUUUAUAUACUUGAAUUUAAAUUCGAUUUUAAUCGCUAUCGUAAUCAAUAGAAAAUAUUAUUUAAAAAAAUUGUAUAUAGUUUUAUAUAUAAUUUUUAAUUUAAAAUAUUUUAUUAUUUUUUUAUCAAUAAUUUUCAAAAGUUCUAAAAGUUCAAUUCUAAAGUGUUCAAUUAUAAUCAAGUACAAUUUCUAAAAGUGUUGUAACGAAAUAUUUCUAAUUAAAAUAAGCGUCAUAAUGUCGAAUUCAAGAAAAACCAAAACAAGACGUGAUAGUGACUCGAUAGAUGUUAAUUUUAAAAGAAUUAAAUUAUCAAAUGAAAAUAAUUCUGAAGAGGAUAAUAAAAUUCUCAAUGACGCAUCACUUGGAAAUAUAUCUGAACAAGUACUAUCAGUAGAACGUGAUUUAGUCAUAGAAUUAGGAAAAAUUACAUUCCAUUCGCCAAUAGAAUAUGUUUAUAGUCCACUUGAAUAUGCGUUUAAUAUACAUACUAUGUAUGUACAAAAAUAUUGUAAUACUGUCAAAAAGAUAUUAUUUCUUGGAAUGAAUCCCGGUCCUUGGGGUAUGUCUCAAACUGGUGUGCCAUUUGGUGAGAUAAGCAUGGUUCGGGAUUGGUUAAAAAUUUAUGGUCCUGUGGGAAAACCAGUCAAAGAACAACCAAAUAGAAAAAUAACAGGAUUUCAAUGCAAUCGCAGUGAAAUCAGUGGGAAAAGAUUAUGGGGCCUUUUCCAAAAAUUGUGCGGAAGUCCAGAAAAAUUCUUUCAACAAGCAUAUAUACAUAAUUAUUGUCCUAUUGCUUUAAUGAAAAAAAAUGGCUGCAAUAUUACACCAGCCGAGAUAAAGGGAUCAGAGAUACAAAUAUUACAGUCUAGUUGUGACAAGGCUUUAUUAGAUAUAAUUAAAAUCAUAAAAGCUGAAAUUGUAAUUGGUAUUGGUGGAUAUGCAGAAAAACGAGCACAAUUUGUAAUUCAAUCAUCAAAAUUACCUAUUAAGGUAUUAUGUUUACCUCAUCCAAGUCCACGUGCUGUAAAUAAUAAAAAUUGGAAUGAAAAAGCUACCAAAAAAUUAAGUGAAUUUGGAUUACUUGAAUAUUUUGUAUCUUAGAUUCAUUUUACAUUAGAAGUUUAAGAAUAUUUAAUAAGAAGAAUAAGAAUAAAAAAAUAUAGAAAAUUUUUUGUUUGUUUAUCAGUAUUAUAUAAGUAUUAGUUAUUCAGUACAAAUUAUACUAAUUUACUAUGUAAAAUUUAUGUGAUUGUUUUAAAAAUUUGUAAUAAUUUAUAUUAUCAUGUGAAUGUGUUUGGUAAUAUUUUUAUAAAAAUGUAUAAAGUUUAUGUUAUUAUAAUUCAAAAAAAAACAUAAUGGAUUUUUUAAGUUGGAUGAAUAUUGCUUUGCAAAAAGCAAAUGAAUCAUUACAAGCUGGUGAAGUUCCAGUUGGUUGUUUAUUUAUAUAUAAUAAUGAAGUUAUUGCUACAGGUAACAAUACAGUUAAUGAAACUCAUAAUGCAACUCGACAUGCAGAAAUAAAUUGUAUAGAUCAAGUUUUAGAAUUCUGUAAAACAAAAAAUUUGAG